UGUGCGGGCAUGGCCGAUCUGAAGUCUGCGGUUGAAGAGGCUGUUGGUGAGGAUGUGCAAGUCAUUGACGGGGUGGUGGCUGGAGUCUAUCGCCUCAUUGGUCUUUGCAGAAUGGGUGUGAAGACUGCGAAGAAAGGGGCCUACGCCCGUUCUGCAGCAGCGAGGCAGAGGAGAGGUCAGGACUGGUUA